AUGUCUGUCGAGCAAGUCCAGGAGGCCCUGAAGGAGCACUCCGACGCGAACAUUGACGAUUAUAUCUGCUCCUCCUCUUUUACCACGGAGCUUCAAGAGGCUAUCCGAGGACACAUCCAUAUUGAGCUUCAGAGCUGGUUCUUCUACCGUAAGCUCAGCGCUGACUGCCGUCGUGCCAACAUUGCGCUCCAUGGAUUUGCCGCCCUCUGGAUGCGAUCUGCCGUUGAGUGCCUUGCGGACGCCAACUGGCUAGAGUCGUAUUUAGUCCAGCGCGGCGGCUGCUGUACGCCGACCGAUAUUCCGGCACCCAAGAUCUGCUGGCCCGAUAACCCAGUCGACCCUGUCCAUCCUGUUUAUGAAGCUCUCCAGAUCGAAAAGAAACUUAUGGAGGAUCUGCAGCGCCUGUGCGGCACAGCUGACAAGUGCGGUGACUAUUCGCUACAGGAUGUCAUCGAGACGCGAAUGCUACGUAAGGAGACGCGCCACGUCAAGGACAUGGGAGACCUAUUGCAACAGUGCGUCCGCGUCUCUAAGCAGAUGGGGCACGGUUUAUACCACCUCGACAAGGAGCUUCGGUCUACUCACGGCCUAACGCCCUGGGGCUGCUUGAACGACCCCGACUCCACGAACCAGCUACUGGAUCAGGCAACUAAAGACCUGUACAAGGCCUGUGUCUAA